AUGUGGUUUCUCGAGUGUGAGGGCGACUUGUUCGAGCACAAGCGACUAUGGCUUCGACCAGGCACAAAGCAUGUCGUCGGACGCACCUCCAAGCCCGAGCCAGGCCAACGAAUCCGAUACAUUGAGAACUCGUCCGUGUCACGCAAACAUCUGACUGUCGACAUUGCGCAGCCCGAGGCUGGAGAGAGCAAACUCCUGCAUGCAAAAACGAAGCUCACCGUGACCGACAACUCCAAAGUCGGCACCUGGAUCAACGACGAACGCCUGGAAAAGGGCGCAACCAGAGCGUUGGACAGAAACGACAACAAGAUCAAGCUGGGCAACUACGAGCACCUGUUUCACAUCAGAUGGCAGCCCAAAGUCUUCUCCUUCCCUGCCCUUCCUCGCGCCUACCGCCAGCUCGAAGAUCCUCUCAGCGAACAGCGCAUAUCCCUCGAGCCUUUGAGCAUCAAAUGCGUCGUCGAUUAUGUCGCCCAAUACACCUCGCACCUGGUCGCAAAGAAGCGCAACACGCCAACCACGCUGCAAGCUCUCGUCAACGCUCGCUACAUAGUCACCGACGACUACCUGAAAGAGUUACAGAACAUGUCUCUUGACGCGCUCGAACAAGACUUUGAUGCAAUAUGGCCCGCCGAAGAGCCCUACUCGCCCCCACCCGCCAACGAACCCAAUCCUCGCCCUGACAAAUCGCCUGAUUUUCUGCCCAAUCCAAAGCGCUCCGAAAUGUUUUCGCAAUACACCUUCAUCUUCAGUGACCCUGGACAGCAUGCCAACCUUAUGCCUGUCAUCACUGGUGGUGGUGGAAAGGCCUUGUGUCAUCCCGUCGACAAUACCGAUUCAGACACCCACAAGCUACUAACCUACGUCCGUGAAGUCGCCGGCAAAAAGUCUGACAGAGCAUUCAACCUUGGUCAACCGUCUACAACCAAGGGUGGCAUCGUUGUGGUUCGCAUCGGAGGUUUCAAAGAUUACCAGCCCACCUUCUACGACCGUGUUGAUGCUGCACUUGGUCAGAGCAGUAUUGAGCAGAACGAGCUGUUGGAAGUCGUCCUUGAUGCCGAUGCUGCCAAGCUGAAACGACCUGCCAAAGUCGUGCAAGUAGUAGAAGACACGAACAUGCAUGACGCAGCCGAGCCAUCACUCCACCAACCCUCAAACUCUCCGGCUGCACGACGACAGUCUACAAGGGACGCCACGGAGAUUCCAUCCGCAACACCAGAAGAUGCCGCUUCUGGUCCAUCUCAGCAGGACGUGGCAACAGGCAAACGACGUGGACGCAGACCUCUGACUCAGACAAAGUUCAAAGGCUUUGACGAGAUCGAUAUCAAUGACUUGCCAAAAUACCGUUCUCCCUCCCCCUCGCAGCCUCCUUCCUAUCAGACAAGCCAAGCUCAUUCGCCAAGCGCAAUGCAUGAAGACGAACGUCCAGAGAGCUCUCAUCCAGCACCGAGUCAGCACACUCAGCGUUCAACGAGGAAGAGACCGCCGCCAGAUGAUGGAGAGACACACCAGGACAUGAUGGCCGAUAUGCUGCAGGGUGCUGCCAAGAUGAAGAAACGCCGCAUUGAGGCAGGAAUCGAAUCCGCCACAACCCCCGUGGAACCCUCGAUCGAGGAACUCCUGCCAGCACCUGUGGUAAAGAAGGUCAAGAAGCGCAAGGACAAAGAGGUCGACGUGCGAGCCAUUCUCGCAGAGCGCCAACAAGCAGAUGAAGAUAGGCGUCGCGAAGACGAAGAGAAGCUCCGCAAUCAACUCGAGGGCAUGGACGUCACUGAUAUGCAGAACCUGGCCCAGAUCGAAGUCAUGGAAAUUCAUCGUGAGCCUCCACCACGCUCAAGGCACAAUGUUGAAGCCGGUCACGAUGACCGGUGGGACGAACGCUGGAAUGGUCGCAAGAACUUCAAACGUUUCCGAAGGCAAGGCAACGCUGCCAACACUCAGACUAGAGCUCGCGUCUUUGUGUCGCUGGAGGCAGUGGAGCCAAAGUCUUACGGCACGCAGGAUGACUACUUCCUAGAGCCGCGUACGAAAAAGUCUCAGAGAAAGGCAGGAAGAUCGCAGCAGACUCAAGACAGCGCAGAUGUCGAAGUCAUCGCAACACCUUCAUCGCUCAAUGGCAGUGGCACACAAUCACAACGCCAGAAGAACGGUACGACAAAUAGCAUCUCCCUCAUAUCAGACAGCGAGAAAGACAACUCUUCAGAAGAUGGAAACAAUACGUCACGCUUCCGCCGCCGUAUCGCAACUUCUCGCAAACAAGAUGCCGAAGUCUCACGUUCUGAAACCAUACUGCCGGAAGAGAUCGCAGGUACAGCCAGAGAUCAAGACAUCGCCGAUGCAGCCAGACAGGCCAAGAUUAGUGCUUCUUCUCGGACACAACCGGGCAAGAGAACAGCCAAGGGUGUUGUCGAAGAAAGAUUACAACCGAGAAAGAGGGUGCAGCGGAGACCUAGUCCUGACGAAGUCUCGGAUGACGAGAGUGAUGAUGAGGAAGCCAGUACCAGAUUCAGACGUAGGAAGAAGUGA